GCCAAGCGGAACGCGGCAGUCGAACAAUAAUAAUACGUGUUUGUCCAAAUCGGAAAUUGAGUAACCAAAAUGUGGGCCUUAUCAACGUUUCUGCUUUUACUCUGCCUCCAACGGGUGAAGUCGGAUGAGGCUGCUGCUGCUGCACCACGGCGACCCAACAUAAUCAUUAUAAUGGCCGAUGACAUGGGCUUCGAUGAUGUGAGCUUUCGAGGUGGCCGGGAGUUUCUAACUCCCAACAUCGAUGCCUUGGCCUAUCACGGUCGUCUGCUGGAUCGACUUUACGCCCCGGCGAUGUGUACUCCCUCCCGAGGAGCACUACUUAGCGGACGAUAUCCAAUACACACGGGCACCCAGCACUUUGUGAUCAGCAACGAAGAGCCUUGGGCCCUGACCCUCAACGCCACUUUAUUGCCGGAAAUCUUAAAAACUGCGGGCUACUCCACCAAUUUGGUGGGAAAGUGGCACCUGGGCUUCUCCCGGCCGGAAUACACACCCACCCAGCGGGGCUUUGACUACCACUUUGGUUAUUGGGGCGCCUAUAUAGACUAUUACCAAAGAAGAUCGAAAAUGCCGAUAGCCAAUUACAGUCUGGGAUACGAUUUUCGGCGGAACAUGGAACUGGAGUGCCGAGAUCGAGGGGUUUACGUCACCGAUUUGCUAACCACCGAGGCGGAACGACUGAUCAAAGAGCAUGCCGAUAAGGAACAACCCCUUUUCCUGAUGCUCAGCCAUCUGGCUACCCACACGGCCAACGAGGAUGAUCCUCUGCAGGCUCCCGAGGAGGAGAUACGAAAGUUUUCCUACAUCAGAGAUCCCAACAGGAGGAAAUUUGCAGCAAUGGUUUCCAAACUAGACCAGAGCGUUGGACGUAUAAUCAGCACUCUGGCCGCUACGGAUCAACUGGAGAACAGUAUAGUGAUCUUCUACUCGGACAACGGAGCCCCAUCGGUGGGUAUGUUUGCGAAUACGGGAUCGAAUUUUCCGCUCCGUGGUCAGAAGAAUACUCCGUGGGAGGGCGGAGUGCGGGUGGCCGGUGCCAUUUGGAGUUCCCAACUGCAGGCACGGGGCUCCAUCUUCAGCCAGCCCAUCUACGUGGCCGACUGGUUGCCCACCCUGUCCCAUGCGGCGGGCAUUGAGUUGGAUGGCUCCCUAAAACUAGACGGGAUUGAUCUGUGGCCCCAGUUGGCGGGAUCGGCGGAUGCUCCCCAUGUUCCUCGAGAGAUCCUGCACAUUUUGGAUGACGAAUGGAGAGUGAGUGCCAUCCAACUGGGCCAGUGGAAGUACGUGAAUGGUACCACUUCCGCCGGGCAAUACGACUCGGUGCUUACCUACCGGGAACUGGACAAUCUGGAUCCCCGCGAGAGUAGUUAUCCGGUGACGGUGCGCAAUUCCGCUACUUCAAGGGCCCUUUCCCGCUACGAUUUAAGGCGUCUGACGCAACGGAGAAUCUCGACAAUCCGGCAAUCGGCUACCGUGCAUUGUGGGGAUCUCCAAAGGUCAUGUAAUCCCCUGGUGGAGGAGUGUCUGUACGACACUGAGACGGAUCCCUGUGAGCAGAACAAUCUGGUCUACUCCGCCAGGCACUCCGAUGUUUUAGCCGCCCUGCAAAGACGCAUUCGGGAAUUGAGAGCAAGUGCUUCGACUCCGGGAAAUCGGGCCAGUAUGGCGGAAGCCAAUCCCACGUGGCAUACCUGCGCCUGGGAGACCUUCGAAGUGCAGAAGCCCAAAUUAGUCCCUUUAGAAUGCGAUUACCAAGGUGUACCCUGUUAAUCAAUUCAAAACAGAAGGAUGAAAGGAUGGAUUAAAUUGGAAAGUGAAAUUCGAACAAAAUUAGCUUUAUCUUUGCAGCUGCAAGCACAUAUUCAUAAAUAAAUCUAAUUUUAUAAAGUUAGGUUCCAGGACGUCAAUACGGUGCUGAAUUUCUGGUCGCAUUAGUUGAUACUUAUGAAAAGUGUCUGCGAAUCACCAGUGUUAGCUU